GAGUGUGUUUGUUUACCUCUACACCGGUUUAGACCAGUUUCUUCCGCGCUUUUUGUUGUCACAGGUUAUAAAUAACCUAUACGGUAUACGGUCGCAGGGAAGUGGUUGAAUUUUUGCUCACCAACGAUGCAUCGAUCCAGGUCCGAGACGAUGGAGGACUCCACCCGCAGCAAUGCGUGUUCGUUUGGUUAUGCCGAUGUCGUUCGCUUGCUGCUGGAAACCGGCGCCAAUCCAAAUACCCGGGACAACUGGAACUAUACCGAGGCCGCCAGCAAGGGUAAAGUGGAUGUGUGCAUUGCCCUACUGGAGCAUGGUGCUGAUCCAAACAUUAGGAAUUCUGAGAACAAAAUUCCUUUGGAUCUUGCUGAUCCUUGUACCCGGCCGGUUCUGACGGGCAAGUACAGGAAGGAUGAACUGUUGGAGGCAGCGCGGUUCGGAUCCGAAGAGCGACUGGCGGUGAUGGGCCACGAAGGUCUGAAACAGGUCGGCGUAUCGGCGUACGGAUUCCGGCACAAAAUUCUGAAAGGCAUCGCCACCCUCCGGGCCACCACGCACAGGGCUAGGGCUAACUCCGAACCCGGUCACUCUUCUGGUGGAUUUACUUCCCGACGACAAGGAGUUUCUUACCGUCGAAGAAGAAAUGCAAGCGACGAUGUCGGGAUAAUGGUCACGCUGGCGGUUAUUUCAAUCGAUACAACAUCGUUAGG